UCUUUUUUUCUUUCUUAGGAACCAACGGAAAACUAAUGGCUGAAGAGAGAAGCAGUGUCCGUCAGACAAGAAGCCAGCAGAAAUACUUUGCAAUGGAUGUAGACGAAGAAGAAAACAUGAGUUUGUGCAGCACCGAUGUUAAGGAAAAUCGCAACCUGGACAACGUCUCUUCAAAGGAAACUUUGGGUGAAGGGGUCCAACUCCCCAAUGGAGGCAGUGGCAGCAGGAAGCGCCCACUCGAGGAGGGUAAUAACGGCCACUCGCAUUCCAAGUUCCGGGCCAAGAAACGAAAGAAAACUCCGGGACCCGUCUUACCAAAGAAUGCCCUAAUGCAGCUCAAUGAGAUCAAGCCAGGGCUGCAGUAUAAGCUGCUGUCUCAGACUGGGCCAGUCCAUGCUCCUGUGUUCGUCAUGACAGUGGAGGUCAACGGGCAGCUUUUCGAAGGCUCUGGUCCCACCAAGAAGAAGGCCAAGCUUAGCGCUGCAGAGAAGGCCCUGAGGUCUUUCGUCCAGUUCCCCAACGCAUCAGAGGCCCACAUGGCCAUGGGUCGGACCCUGACUGUAAACACUGACUUCACUUCCGACCAGGCAGACUUCCCCGACACCCUCUUUAAUGGUUUUGAGACCCCAGCUCAGGCCGAUGUGGCCUAUUACCUGGGCUCCAAUGGAAAUGGCUCCUUUAACUCCAUAGGGGAUUAUCCUCUUCCCUCUUCUGGAGGGGCAGACAAUCUCAGCCAGUCCCCUUUGCCCGCCCCAUCUGCCCUUGCCCCCUCUAGCGGUAAGAACUCUGUCAUGAUCCUGAACGAGCUACGCCCGGGCCUAAAGUAUGACUUUGUCUCCGAGAGCGGCGAGAGCCACGCCAAAAACUUUGUGAUGUCAGUAACAGUGGAUGGACAGACCUUUGAAGGUUCAGGGAGGAAUAAGAAGCUGGCUAAGGCCCGUGCUGCCCAGGCAGCCCUCUCCAGCUUGUUUAACAUGCAGCUUGACCAGACGCCGUCCCGACAGCCCAUCCCCAGGGAAGGCUUACAGCUUCAUCUUCCCCAGGUUCUAGCCGACUCUGUUUCCCGUCUUGUUGUGGAUAAAUUCAGUGAACUGACCGACAAUUUCACAUCACCUCAUGCACGCAGGAAAGUCUUGGCUGGGGUUGUCAUGACAACAGGCACUGACGUGAAAGAUGCCGAGGUGAUUUGUGUCUCCACGGGGACCAAGUGUAUAAACGGGGAGUACAUGAGCGACCGCGGCCUAGCCCUCAAUGACUGCCAUGCUGAAAUUAUCGCCCGAAGGUCCCUAAUACGGUACCUCUAUACCCAGCUUGAAUACUUCUUGAGCAGCAACAAAGAAGAUCAACAGAAAUCAAUUUUCAUCCGGUGUGAGAGAGGUGGCUAUAAACUGAAGGACAGUGUCCAGUUUCACCUGUACAUAAGCACUUCACCAUGCGGAGACGCCAGGAUAUUCUCCCCACAUGAAGCUGGAAUGGAGGGUAAGGGUCGGAGGGAGGGAGUCACAUGGGGUCGAAUCUAAUAUCAAGCAGAAUUU